CAGUCAUGUUACUGGUCCUGAUGUCACUUCUCCACCAACACAGAAAAGGAGGAGGGCGGAGGGGACCAAAAAUAGCGGGUUAAUGUGGUCCGACGCCCAGGAGCGCAGCACUGGUGCUGUCAGAGCCGAGCGCCAAAGUGCCACAGGUGACGAAGGCUGCGAGGAUGGAAGUCUCCGGGCGUCCCAGCCGCGUAAAGCCUGCCCGCUCGGCGCACGGUGCCGCGUAAAAAGAAAAGGACCGUCAGGCAUGGGACGCGCUGAAGAAGCCGAUGGCUGCGAUCUUCGCCGCGCAUUUUACGCACAAGCGAGGUGAAGACGGCGUCGAGGCGCUGAGAAAAAGCACAAAUCUGCACAUUUUUUGACGUUAAAGACUCACCGAAAAGAAGAAAGCGAACAGGAAGCACAUCGUCAUGAACUCCGAGGGUGGAUCGUCCGGGCUGGCCAAGUCCGCCGCGGUCAAGCUGUCCGAGAUGGGCGCCCGCACCAAGCAGCUGGGCACCGCCAUGAGAGACCCGCACCAGCAGAGGCGCAUCAUCCUGGUGAUCGUGUGCGUGGCUCUGCUCCUGGACAACAUGCUCUACAUGGUCAUCGUCCCCAUCAUCCCGGACUACCUGGCCGACCUGGAGAGCGAGCAAGCGGAGCACGUCCACGUCGUCCUGCACCCCAACACCACUGCGGGCAACAGCAGCGGCGGCCACGACGCAAGCAACAAGAACAACCUGGACAUCCAGAUCGGGGUUCUGUUCGCGUCCAAAGCCAUCCUGCAGCUCCUCGUCAACCCCCUCAGCGGGACUUUCAUAGACCGGGUCGGUUACGAUAUCCCGCUUCUGAUCGGACUCACGGUCAUGUUUCUGUCCACUUGCAUAUUCGCUUUCGGGGAGAACUACGCCACGCUGUUCGCCGCCAGAAGCCUGCAGGGUCUCGGUUCUGCGUUCGCGGACACGUCCGGUAUCGCAAUGAUCGCCGAUAAGUACACGGAGGAGGCGGAGAGGAGCCGGGCGUUGGGAAUCGCGCUCGCUUUCAUCUCGUUCGGGAGCCUGGCGGCGCCUCCGUUCGGCGGGGUGCUCUACGAGUUCGCGGGCAAGCGGGUUCCCUUUCUGGUGCUCGCCGUCAUCUGCCUGGUGGACGGCUUCCUGUUCCUCACCCUCAUCCGGCCGUUCUCCAACAGGACUCGAGAGAACAUGCCGGUGGGCACCCCUAUCUACCGGCUCAUGAUCGACCCCUACAUCGCGGUCGUGGCCGGCGCCCUGACGGUGUGCAACAUCCCGCUCGCCUUCCUGGAGCCCACCAUCUCCAACUGGAUGGAGACCACCAUGCACGCGACUCAGUGGCAGAUGGGUCUCACUUGGCUCCCCGCCUUCUUCCCUCACGUGUUCGGCGUCUACAUCACCGUCAAGCUGGCCGCGCGUCACCCGAACCUGCAGUGGUUCUACGGCGCCCUGGGGAUGGUCAUCAUCGGCGCCAGUUCGUGCAUGGUGCCGGCGUGCAAGACCUUCGAGGAGCUCAUCGUCCCGCUCUGCGGCAUCUGCUUCGGCAUCGCGUUGGUGGACACGGCGCUGCUGCCCACGCUGGCCUUCCUGGUGGACGUGCGCCACGUGUCCGUGUACGGGAGCGUGUACGCCAUCGCGGACAUCUCGUACUCCGUGGCCUACGCCAUGGGCCCCGUGGUGGCCGGCCAGAUCGUACACAACCUGGGCUUCGUGCAGCUCAACCUGGGCAUGGGUCUCGUCAACGUCCUGUACGCGCCGGCGCUGCUGCUGCUGCGCAACGUGUGCCAAAUGAGACCCUCCUUCUCGGAGAGGGACACCCUGCUGGACGAGGCCCCGCAGGGGCUGUACGACACCAUCCGCAUGGAGGAGCGGGCGGCCGGGAAGAAGGGCUACAGCUCGGCGGGGAACUGCCUGCCGGUGGACGAGAACGGCUUCGACGCCUUCAAGGCGCAGCGGUCCCAGUCGGAGGAGUCGUCCGGCCCGGACUUCACUUGAAGCGGACGCGAGUCGCUGAAGACGCCCACUGGCCCCCCCGUCCCGGGGUGAACAUCAACAAGUUAAAUUGCAAUACAAAACACUCAAUCAUAAAAAUCACUUAUGUGUCAACUUUGUUUUGAUCUCGGUUGUGGUUUUAUCGUGUCCAGUCGAUGUCGGUCAGGCGUGUUUGUGUCUAUAAAUUAUUAAAUUAUUAUUAAAUGAUUGUGUCUUAUUGUCAUGUACAAAUAAUCAAUGUGGGACCAACUAUAAAGAGCACACAAAACAAGCCUAUAUUUUUAGUCUUCCGGAGAAAUCAACUAUUUUUACUCAUUAAAAAAAAAGGCCAAUUUGAGUAUUUGUUGGUGGAAUCAUUUCAUUUUUAACAAGAAAAAAAUAAUAAAAAAAAGGCCUAGCCGUGUUGUCAUAUUUUCUGCCUGUUUGUAAUGAAAUUGUAAUGAAAUGCAUCAUCAGCACAAGCGGGUUUGUACAUAUGUGGAUAGCACAAACGUGCACAAUGUAGACAAAUGAAUCAAGCGUGGACCACUGAAAAGUGCGAGUGAGUGUGUGAUUAUUGAUAAAUAUAUGUGUUCAUUUAUCGACUGUGGGUUUAAUAAAUCUGUUUGAA